GGUUGGCUGCUUCCUUGGCUCCCUCGGUGAAAAAGGGUAGCUGUAAGGCAAAUAGGUGAUGGAAAUGGCAUGGAAGUUUGCAGUGGAAAUGGCUAAAUAGUCUUGCUUGACCUUUAUUUGGGACACAGAAACUCGAUCAGCUGAUGACUCCAAACUAGCUGCCAUUUUCAGGUCAUUCGUGGCAUCUCGCUAACUUGUUUGAAGCUCCAGCCAGUUGUAUGAAUAAGCUUGCUUAAUUCUUCUACUAAUCGCCCACUGGGAUGGGGGAAUCGCUUUGUCCUGUGCUGGCUAAUGGUGGAAUAUAAAUCAUGAUGGCUGAUGGAUGUUGCAGAGGGAUGGAAAGAGGCAAGGGUAAGAUUGCAUCAGAUUCUUUAUCAAGACCCACAUAUCCUCAGCAGUAUGUCCAGACCGGAUCACAGCAGCAGGGCAAUGACAUCCAGGAGUUAGCCUCCAAACGCGUCGACAUCCAGAAGAAACGCUUCUAUCUGGAUGUGAAGCAAAGUGUUCGCGGACGCUUCCUCAAAAUAGCCGAGGUAUGGAUAGGAAGAGGCCGACAUGAUAACAUCAGGAAGAGCAAACUGACGCUGUCCAUGUCGAUGGCUCCCGCUCUACGCUACUGCUUAGGAGACUUCAUAGAUUAUUACGCCCGGAUCGGGCUGCGGGGGGGCCUGGCGCCUCCGCAGCUCGAGGAGCACAGCAACAAUGGCCAGGGCCGCGCGCACGAUUUCCGCAGGAGAGCGCAAGAGCACCACACGGUGCUGUCUCCCACCGGCUCUGCGGUGUCCGAUGACCAUGCACACCGCGUUCUCAAGAGCGAAUUCAUCGAGAGGGAUAACAGAAAGUACUUUCUGGACCUGAAGGAGAACCAGAGAGGUAGGUUCCUCCGCAUUCGGCAGACUGUCAGUAAAGGACACGGCACAAUGGGCUACUACGGACAGGGCAUCGAGCAGACCAUAGUGCUGCCUGCUCAGGGGCUCAUCGAGUUCAGAGACGCGCUGUCACAGCUGAUUGAAGACUACGGCGACGAAGACAGCGACGACCGCGGCCGAGCCGGAUCCAGAAACCACGACGACAACCCCGAGCUUCCAGAGGCUGCGUCCUUUCGGGUGGACAACAAGAGGUUUUACUUUGACGUCGGUUCUAACCGAUAUGGUGUCUUUUUAAAAAUUAGUGAAGUGCGACAGCCGUACAGAAACACCAUCACAGUUCCCCUAAAAGCCUGGGCUAGAUUUGGAGAGAAUUUCAUCAGGUACGAAGAGGAGAUGCGACGGAUUUUCUCCUGUCACAAAGAGAAGAGGACAGACGCGCGGCAGGACAGUGAGGAGCAGGAGGACUGACCUAGGCAGUAGGCUGCGCCUGUGCUUUUGCAUGUAUUCUAGGGAUUCUGUUAGUGACGAAAAUUUCCAGACCUGACAGUAACCCCUAAAUACAUGAUGUACUGUAUGUGUCCCUACAAUACUACACUAGAUGCAGUGUCCCUCAUUCACUUUUUGGCUCAUCUGUCAAGGGCUGGUAAACACAAAAUUUAACCUGCCAAGAAGUCAUUCAUUCAUAGCCUAAUGCAUACAUCCAUUCACUUCCCAAUCAUUUCAUUUCUCAUUGCGAUUUAAUGCCAGGCCAGCCCAAGCCUAUGUGGGGCCCUGAGCAGAAUUUUAAAAUCCCCCUUACCCCUCCCCUUUUAAAUUUAAGCGUGCACUGUAAAAUGGUAAUAAAUGAUAUAGAAAGGUGAUAUUAUGAAUGUGGUGUAAGCCAGGAAGCCACUUUAAUGCUUUCCCACAAAUAUAUUGGUUAACAGUUUUACAAUGUACAAAGGUGCAGAAAAACUGUCAAUCAUAGCUAAGUAAAAAUUAAACCUACAUAUAUAGGAUGAAUUAACUUAAUAUGUGUAGUAUAGUUUUUAUGAAACAGGGAAAUUAAGAAUUUGUACAAACAGAAAAAAAUAUAAGAUUUUAAUUAGUACAUUUAUAAUCAAGUUGGAACUAAAAAUGAACUGUGGACCUCACAUGUGGAAUUUGCUGUAUGGUGGGGUCCCCGGUGGCCAUUUGGCCCCAAAUAGGAAUUUACUGUAAGUUCAACACACUCUGGCUGUGUUGUUCUGCCAUAGUGCUAUUGUCAGUGUGAAAGCCAAACCAACUUAGAUCAGUUAACAAAGUUUGCAAAUGAGAGAAAACGAAUCAGAAGAUUCACUAGCUAGUGCAAUACAUUACCCAAUACAUUACAUUAUCAUUCUAUCCAACACUGGUACUUCGUGUUUCAUUGAGCUGAGUCACACUCAAAUACUGAUAUUUGAUUUGUUACCUGCUUUGAAACCUCAACUACAUAACACUUUAAAAAGAAUUGACUUGUGGCUUUUCCCACUAGAACAGAUCACUGUAUGAAUAAAAUAUUGAGAGGAUGUCUUCUCACCAUCCAAAUACCCAGUUAAAUAGAAAACAGACAGUGACUGUGGUCUGAAGACAUACAUAGAUCUCAUUAUUUGUAAGGACGUGUAUACGUGCUAUAGUCACAUUGUUUAUACUAUAUGACAAUUAUAGUCUACCAGCUCAGAUUUAACAUGCUUUAUUUGCUGAGUUCUGCUGAGCACAGAGGAGAUGAUCUACACUGGCCAUGCAACAGCAUCCUCAGUCCUCCCUCAGUGCCUGCAUUGCUGUGUAGGCAGUGCUCACAGUGCUAUAUACUAUCAUGACAGAAAAUACGAUAGAUCUGAAGCGUAAAAAGAUGCUCUGGGUCAGUUAUACCAGUGUGGACAGCUAGACUGUUAAAAAUGGAAGUGUGUCUGUUUUUUUCAGAUGAAUUCCAGACAGUUGAAACAUGCAGCUGAAAUACUUCCAUCACAGACAAGGUGUUAAACCAGGGGCAGACCUAAACUGGCUCUGUACUGAAACUUGGAGGAACACAGCUCUAUAUUUCCAUUUGCUCCCCAUUCUUUAUCACUUGGAAAAAAAAAAUCACAUAACUGUGAAAGAGACCCAUGGUACCCAAACUUUUUGGCUUGUGACCACAAAAUAAUGUUUAUUUGCAUCCCCUCAUCACAGUUGCACAUAUCUACGAGUUGUGAACAGUUUGCCAAAGAGGAAUUUACUUCUCAGAUUAAUUUUCAGUAAAAAACUAAAAUUAGAGCAAAGUCUGAAAAAUGUGUUACAGAAAUAUAUUUUCUCUACUUUCCUAUCAUGUUAAUCAUCUUGUGAUUUAUCUUGCGACCCCUUAACGGGGUCCGGCCCCAGGUGGGAAACCACUGAUGUAGGUUUUAUUUUACGACAUUGCAUUUAUUUUGUUUUGUUUCUUAAUUUUGUCCAACCAGUUGUAAUAUGUAAAUCAAAGUUAAAAUCAGACCAACAACUGGGCUUACAGACUUAGAAGCACUUAGAAAGUGAACAUAGUGAUGCCUUUAAAGAAAACUUGUGGAUACUUGAAAUAUUGAGAAUUAUAUUUUAUAUUACUUUACUACAUGUCCCUUUUAGACUCAGACCUUUACACACUGAUAAUAUUUGAAAUGAGAAAAUCAAGAUGAGUUAUUUCCUCAUGUCAUAAGUAUGUCACCAGUAUCUCCAAAAAUGGCAUAAUGUGUAGGAAAAAUUAUUUAUUUGAUUUUGAAUUUCUUUUAAAAUUAACGAUAGUGGUGCUAUGGAAAUGUGGUCACACAUGAUCUGUUUGUCAUAUGAAGUUGUUAGCCUGUAGGGCAACUCAGAUCUACAACAAGACAUAAACAGAUAAGUGAAGGCAGAGACAGGAAUUGUUACCUUGAUGUCAGUGCUCAUUUGUACGAUGGCUGGAUAAAUGAGUGGAAGCAUAGAAAGGGCUCAACAUCCUGCUCAAACAGGGCUUCAAACCUUCUUGCAACAAUGUGCUCAUUUCUGCAGAACCGUGUAUUUUACUUAUCCCUACUAUCUACUGAUAAGGAAGUGAUGACGUUGUCUUAAAGUGUCUGUCUUAUUUGUGUGUUCUUUUUGGCUACGAGUCCCUAAAAAUCCAUGAAGUGCUACUUUUCCAUUAGAGUUUGAAUGGCAGUUUGCUGUACAUUGAGCUCUGUGUAUCCUGUAUUUGACCGGCAUGAAAAAAGAGUCGUCACUAAUGACAAAGGGCCCGAUUCAAACUUAAGCACUGACUUAAGCACCCUACAACAGUGAUUAGUCAGUUAUUAUGCUUUACUGUCUUUAGAUCUGUUAGUAGAACAAACAGGAAAGAAGUAGCACUUUCACAGACUGCAUCGAUGCCAGAGAAUCUGUCAUUAUGUGCAACCAUUAUGCACGGCUGUGGGUAUUUAUAGUGUCCAUCAUUAUCAGCAGUGAUAUCUCAGCCAUCAUUAUUAAAUGUCAGAGCUGUAAUCAAUGAUUUGCUAAAGAAUCAUUCAGUGAGACAGCAGCUGAUGGGCGGAUGUAAUACUGAGUUGUGCUGUUUUUUUAAUUAUUAUGUAGGAUGUCAGAUUGCCCAGCAGAUGUCCCUCCAUGUGGCAGUGAGGUAAACUGUGGCCAAUCUACAGACAUGCUGAAGUGGAGACAUGUCUGAAAUAAUAUUGCAGUCUACAAUGUUUUGGUGCCUGAUGCAUUUUUUAAAAAGACACUGUUCAAAAUGUAUAAUUUUGCCAGAUACUAGCAGCAAAAUUCCCAGUCAAGGGCAGAUUCUGUCACGUGGCCUUCCAAACACUGAAUCUGUACAGUACAUGUAUUUCAUAUAUUUGUAAAGACAUCUUAUAUAUUUCUUAUAGACAAUGGUUUGUGGCCAUGAGAAACACUUGUUUCUGAUAGGUUGGCUGGUGUCCAUUGAAAGUCUAUAUUGAGAUCAUUUAAAUGCACUUCCAGUCAAAAGUUUCAAUGUGCAAGGUGUUUUAAGCUGCAGAUAGUCAUAGCAACAAUACUGAUGCAUCAAAUGACACUUGGUACACACUUUUUGGUAAAAGUAACAUCACCAUGGCCUGAAUCGAUUACAAAUAAACUUUCAGUGAUAAAAAGAUUUAAAUAAGUUUUUAUCAUUUGGUUACAUCAUAAUUCACUCUGAGGUGUCCUGAUAGAGAAGAUAAAUCCUGCUGCAUUCUUCAUGUUACAUUAUUUUUUUUCUGGCACACUAUGACACCUUGUGCUUACAGUAUUAUGAGAUAAUACUGAUCUGCAGCACUAAGUUACCAAUUAAUUCUUCUUUUUUGUAUUAAAACUAAAGUUAAAGCAACAAAUUAUUUAAAGGCAGUGUAAAACUGAAAAAAUUAAGCUUAAAAUUUGUGGCCCUAUUUUCAAAUAAUACAGAUGGAAACAAAACCUGUGUGCAAAGGAGGAUCCAAUCAUAAUCUUCAGUCUACCUAUAGUCACGUUUCCAUUCACUGGAUUGAGAAGGUGUGUCCAAACGUUCGACUAGUACUGUACUGUAUGUCUGCUCCAUGUCUGAGCAGAAGCAACUCAAACACGGACAUUUCAAAUCACAGCAAGCAGUGUCUGAGUCGGGCUCUGCGUCUCAGUGUAACUCUGCUGUGUACUGUCUUGUUCUCAGCUGACUCCUGUAAACUCUCAGUUUAGUGGAGUUGAGAUGUAAUGAAACGACUGGUCUUGGUGAAGGAGGAAAAAAAAAUCAGUUCUGUUUAGAAAAAUCAAGUGUUAAAAGAUUUGUUACUGGUGAGAGUCAGUUCUUGUGAUGCCUUUAGGUAUAUGAAAAGCACAGGAUUAGUUGGGUUUGGUGCGUUUGUUGCACUGUCUGGUGUAGGGAGUGAACUAUAUUCAGUGAGUUGUUUUAUUUUCAUACAAAUGGCAAAAGUUAUAUAAAGCAGUGUAGAAAGUAUAAUUCAAAGCACAAUUUAUUUUAAAAAUAACAUGGAAUUAGAAUAUAUACUGUAUACUGUAGUCAAUUCUCUACACUGAUUGAUUGAUUCAGCAUCGAUGCCCAGUGAAUUUGGCUUAAGAGGCAACUUUUCUCAGAUUAAAUCUUUCCUCAGCCAAUAUAUUAAGAUGAAGACAUAUUUUUUGCUCUCCUAGAAAUGGAAUGUGAAUUCUUUAAAUGGUGUAAUGGUCAUCUGUCUUUAGAAUUCCAAACAUCAUCCCAAAAAGCACUUUAAAAAAAGCUGCACUUUUGUUCUGCUGCUUUGUAAUCAGUUGACGUAAAGGGACCACUUCUAUCCAUGCCUUUGGUUUAAAGUGACAAUCAUAGAUCCCUGCUUAUUAGAGUCUGAUUAGCUGCAGUUGAACACAACUCCCAUCAUGGUCUGUCAGUUCUUGACCCCCCCCCCCCCCCC